GCGCCGGGGGCGGAGCCACGAGGCAGAGAGAGGCUCAGGUCUGGGGCGCGCUGCGCCAGUGCACGCCAGCCCAGGAGAGCGGCUCCCUGUGUGUGACCCUCCCCCAUGCUGUGCAGUCAUGGCGUGAGGCAGGAGAAACUCUUCCAAGAGCUCCCAGGCCGUCAUAGCAGCCCCCGGCCCCGCCACCUCCCAUCCCAGGAGAGGGGCCCGGCCCAUCUCGGCGGAGGGAUCCGCUUGCCUCCUCGAGCCUCCGCCCAUUUCUGCUUCUGCUUUUUUUUCUUUUGCAAGAAAAUAAUUUGACAGCGAUUUGCUGACACUGGGAUUUUGCACCAGAGAUUACAAGAAAGACUGCCCCCCAACAACCUCGUUCCCGAUCAGCAGACUGGGCGCGCAAAGGGAGAUCAUGCAAAAGAAGCCAGCUCAGGAAGACAUUAGAAAGUUGAUCUCAAAAAUUCAACAGACUGAACUGGCUUCCAGGGGUCAUCUAUAGAGUCGUCUGAGUUUCAGCAAGAGGCUUUGUUGGGAAUUGCAUCAUGAGCAAUGUAAACAUCUGCAGACCUGUGAUGUGAGAGCUGUUGGUACACAAGUAAUCAGUGUCUGCGUGACAGUGAUGGUGACAUUGUAGACUAUACACAAGAGGACCACAUGCCCCACCUCCCACGCUGGAGGUACCUGGCAUAGUGAAUCUAUUGUUUUUGUUUAAGAUUUGCGUUUUGGACUUUUUCAAAGAUAUGAAGCAGCAUCAAUCUGAAAUUGGAAUUGCAAACAGACCAGAAGGAGUUAGUCGUUGUAAUGUAAAUGGACAAGCUGAAUAAUAACAAAUUCUAGCAAUUUUUUUUUUCGUACUUGGAAUAUCUCAGGGUCUACAAGUUUAUGGUUUUUGUGCCUGUAAGAUCAGAAUAAAGGUGACCAAAAAUGGGGGACCAGCAGUUGUACAAACCUAACCACACUGCCAACAGCAAUGAGAAUUUGUAUUACCAACCGCACCAAAUGAACACUCUCCCCCCUUUAAAUCACAGCUAUGGAACAUCAGGCAUGGAUGCUUCUCAGGCUUCUCCCCUCUCUCCUCAAUUCCCCCAGGAUUCAAGAGACAGCAUAGCUUUGAAUGUAGGUUCAAAAAACAUUGGGUCAGCGGACUCCUCUAGACAAACAAAUUGGACACAUACUGGCUCAGGAAACCAUGUUCCGGUAAGGAACAAUCAGAAUGCCAUGUGGAGCCCAUUAGGACAGAGUGAAUCUGCUGACGGAUACCAGUAUUCGUAUUCUCAAGCCAAUGAACUUCGGUCACAAAAACUUACUAGUGGAGUUUUACAUAAAUUGGACUCCUUUACGCAAGUAUUUGCUAACCAAAAUUUAAGAAUUCAAGUCAACAAUAUGGCUCAGGUCUUGCAUGCUCAGUCUUCAGUGAUGGAUAAUGUCAGUGACAGUGCACUUAGACAGCUGCUGUCUCAGAAGCCUGCUGUUGAGCAACAAUCUGUAACUUCCACGGUGCAAAGAUAUCAGCAAGGGCCACAGCAAGUACACCAGAAUUUUGCAAGCACUCAGCAAAAGCAGCAAAUGCAAGUCAUGCAGCACCAACAACAGUUGUAUUAUGAUUACCAGCAACACUUAUCUCAGCUACAAAUGCAUUCUGCAAUGCAACAAGGACAACCACAUGUGCAACAAAUGCAGUCUCAGCAGCUGUUACCGCAACAGAUACAACAGUUGCAGCAGACUCAAUAUUAUAUGCAGCAACAGCCACAGCAGGGACAGCAGCGGCUCUCAAUACAGGAGAUCCAGCAGCAGCAGCAACAAACUCGACAGCAACAGCAGAGGCAGUGUCCAAUGCAAAUAGCUCAGUAUUAUCAAACACAACCAGUUAUGCAGCAGUUACAGUUGCAGCAGCAGCAGCAACAGAUGCAACUGCAUCUUCCUGCCUAUCAUAGGGAUUCUGACCCAAAAACUGUGCAUGAAACACACCAGUACUCCCAGGAUCAAGCUCAUCCUGUACAGCUUAUACAGUUGGGAACAAUGCCUCAGUAUUUCUAUCAGGAUCCACAGCAGCAGUAUAGGCAUUUGUAUCCACAAAGUGUAUUGCAACAACAGCAGCAACAAGAAGACACCGAACCGCAAAAGCAAUACCAGAAUGACAAUAGGUCUCAAGUUCUGAUGAACUCCCACGUUGGCCUGAGUGUGGCAGAGGCAAUAGAGGAUACUACACAACAGGAAAUUAAUUCUGUAGGUAGCGCUGGCUCUCAUCGAAGUCUUUUAGCACCAUCGAGUAUCCAUCUAAAUAACAAAGGGUCCCAGCAAGAGUCUCCUAGUGCUAUUUGGCCUCAGCAGAUUCAGCUAUCUGAUGGCAGACUGCAGCAGCCACUGUCACCUGAGCCAAGUGGCCCAAACAAAGGAACGUUUCCCGAGAGAUCCCAUAUAAAGAGCAAGCUAACGUGUUCAAUAUGCUUGAAGGAAUUUAAGAGUUUACCAGCACUAAAUGGUCACAUGAGAUCACAUGGAGGAGGAGUAAGAGCAUCUCCUAAUUUUAAACAGGAUGAAGGAGAGAAACCGCCACAACAGCAGCCGCCUAAAGAGGUAGAUAGCCUCGCGCCUAUCGUCAUGCCCGUUUCUGUCCCUGUAAAGUUUCUGUCGCCUGAGCCCAGUGCGCAGCCCGCUGUCAACAGUACCACAGUCAAAGACAAGCCUGCCAAUUCUGUGUCAGAUGACGAGAUGCCAGUUCUCAUGAAGAUGACUUACUCUCCACCGUGCAGUCCAAAAGUGGUCACCCCCUGCUCAUCUUCUGAACUUAGCAGAAAACAGCCUCAAAGUGCUGCAAAAUUGGAAGAAGACUUCAAAUCCCUGCAGGACAAGAAAAAAUAUCGACAUAGACCUGAACCACUCUUCAUACCUCCUCCUUCCUUCAACUUCAGUGUGUCUUACUCAGGAGCUACGCUGUAUCAAAGCCAACUUCGCUCUCCCCGCAUUCUAGGAGAUCAUCUCCUAGACAGGACACAUGCGUUUCCUCCCUAUACCCCACCACCUAUGCUUAGCCCAGUACGCCAAGGAUCUGGGCUCUUCAGCAGCGUUCUCACAUCUCAUAAUGCAUCUCACCCCCAGCUGCCACUUACUCCUUUAACACCCACUCCACGGGUGCUCCUAUGUCGAUCUAAUAGUAUUGAUGGAAGCAGCAUUCCAGUGACUCCAGGGCCUGGAGAACAGACUGUUGAUAUAGAACCACAGAUCAAUAUUGGAUCAAGAUUCCAGGCUGAUAUUCCUGAACUUCAAGACCGAUCAUCAAUGGGGAGAGAGAUGCACAAGGCAACUUUGGUUUGGAAACCAUGGCCAGAACUGGAAAACAAAGUCUUCCAACAAAGAGUGGAAGACCUUUUAAAUAUGUGCUGUUCAAGUGUGUUACCUGGUGGAGGAACUAACUCAGAAUAUGCAUUACACUCCCUCUUUGAGUCCAAAGGGGAUAUUAUGGUUGCCCUGGAAAUGCUGCUGUUGAGGAAGCCAGUAAGAUUGAAGUGUCAUCCUUUGGCAAAUUACCAUUAUGCUGGAUCUGACAUGUGGACACCUCUAGAAAGAAGGAUGUUUAACAAAGCAUUAUCCACUUACAGCAAAGAUUUUAUUUUUGUACAGAAAAUGGUUAAGUCUAAGACAGUUGCACAGUGUGUGGAAUACUACUAUACUUGGAAGAAAAUCAUGCGUCUGGGGCGGAAACACAGAACACGUCUAGCAGAAAUAAGAGAUGAAUGCCUGACAAGUGGGGAAGAGGAAGAUUUAGAGGAUGAGGAGGAGAUGGAAGAAGAAAGAAAAUCUGUAAAAGAAGAGGAAAGUGAAAUGCAGAAAUCUCCUGAACCACCACCUAUAGCUCUUGGUGCACCUGUAGACCUGCCACCCCUUCAAAGUCUCACAUUUUCUGCAGCCUCUUUUAUCUGUGAAAUGCCAAACUGUGGUGCUGUGUUCAGCUCCAGACAAGCACUAAAUGGCCAUGCUCGCAUACAUGGUGGUACAAACCAGGUGACAAAACCACGAUGCACCGUUCCAGGUACAAAGCAAAAAUCUGGCACGCAGAGUGGAUACUGCUCAGUCAAGAGUUCCCCUGCCCACAGCACAACAAGUGGCGAGACGGAUCCAACAACAAUUUUUCCUUGUAAAGAGUGUGGCAAGGUGUUUUUCAAAAUCAAAAGUCGCAAUGCUCAUAUGAAGACCCACAGACAACAGGAAGAACAGCAAAGGCAGAAGGCUCAGAAAGCUGCUGUUGCAGCAGAAAUGGCAGCUGCUAUUGCAAGAACUACUGGGCCAGUUGGACAUGAUGUGAUCCCUCUGGAUCACUUGAGUUUGAUUAAACAUGUUGAGCAUGUAGACGACCUUGAAGAUGAUGUUGUUCAGGAGUUAGGAGAUGUAAUGGAAGAGACUGAAGUCAUGAAUGCUGACCUCUUGUUGGAUGAUGAAGAUGCAGAUUUACUUCAGGAUGAUGCUGAGUUGUAAAUGUAGAGUUGUCACAUGCAGACAGCUACUGAAAACAUCCUGAAUGUAUCAGUCAGGAAACCUGGACAACCUGUUUAUUUCCCAUUGAUUUUAAACUAUCUGUUUAAAAAUGGUAAUUCUUUUAUCCAGGUCUAGGGAAAAGAUAUGCUUCCCACCCAUUUUUUAAUCAGUUUGUUUGUUGGGGAAAAAUAAAUAAUUGGCACAAAUAU